AGCGUUUAUUUACUCAGCUCGUCUUGCUCGCGUCGGUUCGGCUCGUGGAUCCAUCAGAUACACACGUACAGAUAUAUAUACAUAUACAUAUAUAUAGAAAGAAACCGAAAGCGAUACCGAUUCAGAUGCAGAUGCUGAUGCAGAUUGAGAUAACCAGUGUGUUUUGAGUGAAACAAAAUGAAAGCCGGCCAAAGGCUGGGCAUGCGUCGGCAGCUCGGCUGUUCCCAAUCGGCUUAUUCGCGAGUGCAUCCCGCAGAUACCACUGCCAACUACGAUUACUAGCGGCCAAUGCAGUCCAGAAAGCCGCGACUCGACUAUUAGCCAACUGACCAAGCCAAAAAGCCAAAAGCAUCUCGUCGAGCUCUCAACUCUCGGUACCCAAAAAAAUUGUGCAAGCCAAAAAGUCGAUUGCAGUCGUCAGCUGCGGAUUGCCGAUUGCGGAUUGCACAAUCCUGGCAACCUGUUGCUGUUCGUUGGCUGCUGCUGUGUGUGUGUGUGUUUGGUGUCUGUGUUAGCCGCGUUGUAGAAUCUUGUAUCCAGCGUAUCCAGUCGGUGAUACGCAGAUCACAUCACAUUUUCCCCCAUCGAGUGGUGCGUUGAGAGAAAACCGUCAAAAUUGCUGUGCUACUCUGUUCCAGGAUCCUGGGGUACAUCAUGCGCCGCUUCCUGCGCUCGGCCAUGAUCGUCUUCAGCUGGUUCGUCGUCCCCUACAGCCGGUACACCAACAUCAAGGUGAUCCGGCGCAAAUUGCCGCCCAUCCGGAGCCACCUGCUCGAGAUUCCCGCCGUCGACCUGGCCAAGCUGAUUCGCACCAGAAAGAUUAAAAGCGAAGAAGUCGUGGAAGCCUACAUCGAACGAUGUCGACAGGUAAAUCCUCUGAUAAAUGCCAUCGUCCAGGAUCGCUUCGAAGAGGCAUUGGAGGAGGCUCGGGAGAUAGACAACGUGAUAGCGAUGGGCAUUAACAGCGUGGAGUCGAUGGAGGAGCUGACCCCGUUGCUGGGCAUUCCGGUGACCGUGAAGGAGAGCAUUGCCGUCAAGGGCAUGACCAACCAGGCAGGUCGCGUCUUCAAGACGCCGCAGAUAGCCAAGUCGGAUGCGCCGGUGGUGGAGCAGAUCAAGCGCUCCGGCGGCAUCAUCCUUCUGGUGUCCAACACACCGGAGCUUUGCCUGCUGUGGGAGACGUACAACAACGUGACGGGUCAGACGAAGAAUCCGUACGACCUGAAGCGCACUCCGGGCGGCUCAUCGGGCGGCGAGGCGGCCCUCCUGGCCAGCGGUGCCUCCCUGCUGGGCCUCACCUCGGACAUUGGCGGCUCUUCGCGCCUACCGGCCAUGUUCAGUGGCAUUUGGGGCCACAAGCCCACACCGUAUGCGGUCUCCUUUAAAGGUCAUCAUCCGACGAGUGACUUUCCCAAGUGGGGAGAUUUCUUCACCAUCGCGCCGAUGACCCGCUACGCCAAGGAUCUGCCGCUGCUGCUCAAGUGCAUGAGCGAUCCCACGGGUCCCAAGCUAACGCUGGACAGGCCUAUCAGUGUGAAUGGUAUCCGGUUCUUCUUCAUGGACAACGACGGGCCAUCGGGCAUGAUGCGGCCGCUGAGCAGGGAUCUGCAUGCGGCCAUCAACCGCGUGGCCACCGAUUUCAAUGCCAAGCGGGUGAACAUACGCAAGAUGAAGUGGUCGCUGGACAUCUCGCUGUCCGCCAUGCUGACCAUGAAAAACAUCGAGACCAUCUACCACAAGACGGAGGAGGGCGAGCAGCCCAAGACCGUGUGCAAGGAGACGGUCAAGUACUUCUUCGGAUGCUCGGACAGCAUCCUGCCGUCGGUGAUCUUUGGCCAUCUGCAGAACUUCAUGAAGAUCAUCCCAAACUCGCGCCACAAGCACCUGGCCAGCAUCAUCGAGGCGCUCAAGACUGAAUUCAAGGAGAUGCUGGGCAACGACGGCGUCUUCCUCUAUCCGACCUUUCCCAACACGGCGCACCAGCAUUACCAGAUCUACCACAAGCUCCUGGAGCCCAUGUACAUGGCCAUCUUCAACACGCUUGGCCUGCCGGUUACCAACUGCAUGAUCGGUCUGGACCGGCGCAACCUGCCCAUGGGCAUCCAGGUGGUGGCCAAUCCAGGCCAGGAUCACCUUAGCCUGGCGGUGGCCCGCGAAAUGGAGCGCCGCUACGGCGGAUGGGUGCGUCCUCCGUCCGAGGACAGCCACAGCAGCGGUGGGAGCAGCAAGCAGCGUGGCUAGGGUAUGGCCUGUAUAUAUCCUGUGCGUGAUUCAUUUGUACUUUGUUUUGUUAUUAGCUAAUUGUACACUGUCGAGCAGUUAGGGAAUUUCAGAGAGACUUUAAAUGGAUUUAGACAAAUCACUGUUAUCAGCCGCAGUUGGCUGAAUGGUAGAAAGGAAAGGAAUCCCUAGAUCAGCCUCCAUACUUUAUCAGCAUUUUAUUCGACCAUUACACCAUCACACCACCAAAUGUUCGUUCGGGACCUUCGAAAUUAGUAAUCCCUCAAUCGCGAGUCAUUACCACCCAUUGUAUUAAAUUAUUGUCAAAAAAAAAAAAAAAACUCCAAUGAGCUGUACAUCGUAUUCGUAUUCGUAAUCGUAUUAUCUUUACCUAUAUGUAAAUAUUCGUCUAGCAUCUAAGUGUUAGGUUUAUGUCGCGUCCGGCAGAGAUCGAUAAAUAUAACCAGUAUGUGUACGUUUUGUAGCAUCUCUCGCUUAAACAACUUGAAAACUUUACAACUUUUGCAAAGAACCAAAUUCGUUGAAUAAAUACGUAAC